AUGGAGGAGUAUUUAAAAAGUAUUGAGAGGCGACACACGCACGGGAUUCCGAUCUUUCGAUAUUUGACGUGUUUUGUCCUUUCCAAUUUACCACUUCUGUUUUUGGCGUAUUACGCAAUAACACUUGUGGUGUCGAAAACAAUGGGGGAGUAUUCCACUUUUGUCGCGCGACAAAAGUACUCAUUAACUAACAAACCGCCAAUGGAUCCACAGACUAUUACGAUAGUCACCGGGAUACUCAUUUCUAUACUCUCAGUCAUAUGGCCAACACACACUAAGAUCUCUAUCUCUUUGCCUAAAUUGCACCUCUUAAUGACGUCAUAUAUCUUUUACUCGUUCAUGAAGAUCGUCAUUAAGUCAUUGUCGUAUGUGCUACUCGACUCGACGACAUCUGCAUAUCACGCGUCGUUCAAAUCAGUCUCGUCGUUCUCGUUUGCAUCGACAUUCUACUUUCUCACGUUUUCUAAUAUACUCGCCUCGUCGGAUCACCAGACGUUCGACGCCUCGAAAAUGUUUGUAUGUGAGAAUAAGAGUGCGAUCAACGCGAUUAACAGUCAAACGGAAAUUAAUGGGUAUUACGUCAAUUACUAUCUGCAAGGGCUGGAAUAUCCACCGUCACCCUUUUCAGUCUUCUAUCAGGCUGUUGGACCGUUCUCGUCGAGGUUUUCAAAGUGUUGUGAGAGAAUGGUGUUUGGUCUGCGGUGUCGAUAUCACUUUGUUAUGUAUCAUCUGUUACUCUUAUUCAUGUUGUGUGUUAUAUUUACAACAAAUGAUAUGUACGAGAAUGGUAAUCACACGUUGAAACAAGUGAUUUAUGGAGUGUUGAUUGCGUAUAUAGCAGUAUUCUUAAAGGAUCUCUUGCACUUCUAUUGUCGAGACUGCUUCUUCGAUAGUAUGGCGGUUAACGGUCUUUUUCUUUUCGCUUUCCAUGUCACUGACAAACACCUCGGAAUCGUGUUUGGGUGGCCGCAUGUGAUAUCAGUCUUUAAUGGGGUGCUUGCCUUCUUUUUACAAAAGAAGUUUGAUACGGAAAUGUAA